GAAAGCUCUAGGCGCUUGCGUAGCCAAGGAAACGAAGAGUUUGCCCUUUUGUGGGCAGGGUGACAACGUAAGCGUAUUAGAGCGCCUGUUCUCGUUUUAGGCAAGGAGGGGAUCGUCAACGUUUUUUGGCCGCUUGUUGAAAUAACCUGGUUUGUCUUUAGCGCGCAGGCGCCAAGCUUCCGCGGCUCGUGUCCGUUCUCUGUCAGAGGGGGAAAGCGUGUUUCUCUCCACACGGACGUAAAUAAGACCGUUGGGAAGAGGUCGAGCUCGUUUCUAAAAGUUACCUUUAGUGUUAAGCAGUUUGGACUCUAUGUCGUCAGUUUAAGCUUUAACGUGGGCCAAGGUGUAUUUUAAAUAUCAAAAUGUAGCUCUGGAGCAAGUGAAGCACUGUGCCUCGGAGCAUAUCAAAAGUUUUUUUUCUUUCACUGAGUAGCACGUACUUCUUUGGCGAUCACUCGUAGCCAGUAAGAUUGUCUUCCAUGAACACGGUUUUAACAGUGAGUCCGUAAGUGACUGUGGAGGCCAAUUCUGGAUCCACACACCCUUCCACAGUGGGAAUAUAGGUUUCCGGGCGGGAGUUGAUCACGGUGAGGGUUCGCCAUGUGUGUCUUCCUCUUAGCGCGUUUCUCCUUUUCAUCCUGAGUUCGAGCGUCUUCAAAGCCCAUGACACCUUUGGCAAAGGCUGUUCUCCAAUUGAAGCGCUUGCAGGCCAGUGUUUCCCAGUUGUCGGUGUUUAUACUACAUUUUUAAAGAUUUGCCUCGAAGAGAGUAUUUGAACCUCUCUUGUUGACCACCAAAAUUACGCUUGCCAUUUUAAAGUUCGGAAUAGAAUAGUUGCUUUGGAAGAUGGUAAUCAGGCAUCCCCUCUUUUCUUCCCAACCCUAUACAAUGGUGCCUCAGUUUACGAACUUAAUCCGUUCCAGAAGUCUGUUCUUAAACCAAGGCGCGCUUUUCCUAACAAGGCCUUCCGCCACUGGUGCCCUUCCACCGUUCAGAUUCCGUUCUUAGACCGAGGUAAAGUUCUCAAACCAAUACACUAUUUCCGGUUUUGCGGAGUUUGUAAACCAAAUCGUUCUUAAACCGGACUGUUCUUAAACCGAGGUACCACUGUGCUGCAUAUAACACCAAUGUCUCACAACAAAUGUAACUGAAGAACCUGAAGAAAGAGACAAUGCAUGUGCUUUUGAAAACGAGGGGAAAUUAUUAUUUUUUUAAAGAAGAAAAGGAGUGUGUGGCAGCCCCCAGUAUUUAAAGAGCCCCCACCCCUAUUACAUCAUUAGAACCAGAACAUAAACCUAUGAACCUAUAAAAAGAGCAGAAAAAAAAUAUCAAUGUUUGGUCCAGAUCCUAGGUACUGCACCCUCACUAAAGGAGACUGUAUGGAUGAUUCACUAAAUGAUUGUAGGAUGACGUGUGUACCUGAGCUUAUGGUCUCAGAUUCUCUUUAUCUUAUAUGCUGCUUUAUUACAAAAAUGACGACUAGACUACUGAUCCUAAACUGAAUAGUUAGUUGCCCAACCAGGUCCUCCAGAACCCACUGCUCUCAACUCACUCUCAACUGCCUCACAUUCAAACUCCCUUUCAAAUCCUCAUCCAGUCAUCACUCACCACCAGAAUUCCACACUCUCCCUUUCCCUCUCCUUCCCUCCUUAACAUUCCCAUAAUAAUUCUGAUAUAAUUACCUUAAUAACCCUAUUACAUUCAAUAUUUUAUACAAGCGGGGCUCCCUAUAACCAUACUGUUAGACACAUUUGAGCUUCCCAUUCCUGGUUCCUAGGAAAUGGGGGUGAGCAAACUGCAGGUUCUCCAUCCAUGUUCUAAAAACCAGAGGUCUUCCCCCAAAUGAUCCUGGGAAUUGCAGUUUGUUAGGGGUUCUGAGGAUUGUAGGUCUGUGAGAGGGAAGUCACAAUGGCACAAAUCAUUUCAGUGGAAGUCAUAUGCUUUAAAGGCGCAUUGGGUGCUCUUGAAAACAUAGCAUCAUAGAAUUGUAGAACUGGAAAGGACCCGAGGGUCAUCUAGUCCAACCCCCUGCAAUGCAGGAAUCUCAACUAGAUGAUCCAUGGCCGAUGGCCAUCCAAGUGCUGCUUAAAAAUCUCCAAGGAAGGAGAGUCACUGCUUCAGGCCCUAAGGGCCUCUGGAGCAGGAGAAAGCAAGCUUGCUCUGUCCUCCAUGUGACAGCCCUUUAGACUUUAGUUAUUGAAAGGGCUUCAUGGUGUGGAUCUCAUCCCAGUGUUAUGAGAGUGUAAGCAACACAUUUCCCUCUCUCCUUUCUCCACUCCAUGCAGAACUGCAAUGGUAACCAGAAGGCUAGAGUUUGGAGCCCAGCCAGGGCUGGCUGUGGGCAGGAUCCUUGCAUUGCCAGGGGUUGGGCUAGAUGACCCUUGGGAUCCCUUCCAACCCUGCCAUGCUAUGAUUCUAUCAAGCAACUAAAGGAACAAAAAGAUGCUUCUGAAACAUUUGGAAAUCAUAGGAACACUCUCCCCACCAGUGGCUUCUAUCUUCCUUAGGAAAUAGGCAGGCCAGAACAAGGAGGGAAAGGCUCAGAGUUCAGGUAGGUGCAAAUGCCAAUUGAGUGCCCUAUACUAUAGGAAUGCUUCCUUCCUGUGUCCCCCACCCUCAUGCGCCAGACUGCUGCUAGCAUGGCUGGGAGCCAGGCGCCUGCUGAUUGCUCCGUUUUCUUUGCAGGGAGGGAGCCUUUCCCCAACAUAUACUUUGUUCUGGCCAAAUCCCUGGAGAGACGUGAUGACCCUCAGGUAUUGGGGCAGAGGGAAGGAAGGGGUCCCUGUGAAACACGUUUGGGGAUUCUGUGGCUUCCAACAAGUGCUUUUCAGAAGCAUUGCUCCCUCCAACAGGGGAGGCUGAGCCAUAGCCAUAACAGCUAGUUGCCUUUGAUAGGCAAUUAUCUCACCCUCUUUGAAAACCAUUCCAUCCAAGAUGCUCUUGUGGUGCAUCUGAUUCUCCUAUGCUUCCUUGCUCCUGCAAGGAGAUGACUAUUGUGAGAUCCUUUGGUUAACAUCUAUCUAGGCUGGAAAAUAUUAAAGAAUCAGAGGACUGGUGAGCUUCCCUUGAAGCACAACUGAUCAAAAACAGGCAGAUCUGUUAGCAUCUUGAUAAAGAUGCUCAAAAGACAAAGGAUCCUAUAAUACCCCGUUAGUGUCUCAGAAAAAGCUCCCAAGCUGAUGGAGAAGAGAGCAGUUAAGUGGUCAGUGGGGCUGCAGGUUGCCGCUUCUGGAUCCCACCACAGCCCUUCCAAGUUGCCAAAGAAAUCAAUGUCACAACAGUUUUUCCCCUCACACCUCCUCUCCAUGAUCCUUCGUGGGGCCUUCUCAGACAUAUGCUGUGUCUGAACCAGCAGAUCCCACCAAACCAAGUAAUCAAGGACCCAGUCAGAAAAGGAGUGUGCGCAGUCAUACCAGAAAUAAGCAAAAUACCGCAUUUUUCUGUGUAUAAGACUAGGGUUUUUAACCAAAAAAUGAUAUUUAAAAUUGGGGCUCGUCUUAUACACGGGUAGUCCUGAGGGGUGUUUUCUUAAUUUGGAGUCCCCAAAAAUAUAUGGGGCAUCUUAUAGAUGGGGACGCCUUAUACAUGGAAAAAUACGGUAACUAAACAGGUACUAGAAGUCACCCCAGAACUAGGGGGCCGCUAGGGGGCGCCUUGGAAGAUGGCGGAUAUUAACAUCUAUCCAGCUCGCACGAGGUAAUUAGAGGCUGAUUAUGGGGAGUAUAUCAGUCUCCCUUCAUCUCUCCAGGGGGGAGAGAUGCCGUUUUCACCCGCUGUUGCCAUAAAUCACCCCCGAGUUCGGAAGAAGGAGGGGGUGAGGCACUGGGUGCACAACCCUCGGCGGGCCUCGGAACUCCUCCGAAGCUGCUUCCAGGAGCGAAACUAGUUGCGUUACUUAAAAGGAAAAAAAAAAUUGGGAAAGAUAACGCACAUGCUUCAAGAGAGGCAGGAGGUUUUUAUCUGCUAACAAUUUUACCACUGAAAGGAAGAAGACUGAGACGGACUGAGAUGGAAGAUUACAUCAAAGUACUACAAAUAUGGUAUGUGGAUUGGAAUGCCGGAACUAAGGGGGGGGAAACGACUUUUAUUUCUUUUUGCUCUAUGUGAUUAUUAAUAACCCUCCCCCUGAAGAUCUGUCUCAGAAAUUAAUUGCAAAUGGGACUAAAAAUGAAUUGUGUGGGAAUAAUUAUGAACUUAAAGGUUUUACUCUGUGAAGGAUUUGGAAAGAAGGGCUCUCUCUUGUGACGCAGUAAGAAUGGAAACUUGAUAAGAGACCUGUGUUGCUGGAGUUGGUCUUGGGGAGAGCGAGCCGAAGAUAUAUUAUUUUCGAGGAGAUUGUGAACUGGAAGAGGCAGCCCUCCUGCAAAAAGACUAAUUUACGAUGCAACAGGUCGGAAAAGCUAAAGAGCGAGCUUCUAGACUGUAUUUCAUCGGAACGACAAAAAUGGCGAUUACUCGCUCGAGCGGAAAGGCCUGUUGGAGGAGAGUGAUUUACGAGAGAGCAGCACAAAGCCCACACAGAAAUACAAAUAAGACUGUCUUUUUCAACCCACUUGCGGAGCAUAUCGGAGGAAAAUGGAAAGGAAAAUGAGUAAUGACAAGUAUUGAGAAGAGGAAACUGGAAACAUCAUUCUUAAUAUGGAAGCAGAACAAAUAUUCGAGGAUUGGACUCCUGCCAAUCAAGAAGCAUGGGUACCCCCCACAAAAAUUUAUAAUUUGGAAAACAAUUGGAUUAUAUGAUAUGUAUUGUUAUAAUUUGGACUAAUUGAUUUGAUGUGUUUAAUUUGGAAAUAUGAAAUUUAAUAAAAAUUAUUAAAAAAAAAAAAAAGAAGUCACCCCAGAACUGGCCCUACUGAACAUCUUCCAAGAUAACAAUGCCCACUCACAUUAGAAAGAGCUCAUAACCCACCGACAGCAUACAAUUCAAUAUGACUAACUUAACCCAACAACCCCCCUCACCCACUCACAAACAAAUCCCACUGCAGCCAGCCAAAGACGAUCAACCACACCCUAGGCCACCCCAACCUCUCUCACCACCAAAGAAACAUAACAAGUGAAUAGAAAGAGAACUUCCCCAGGUGAUGCUGACAGAAAAAACCCAAGCAUACGCUAAAUAAAAGAACUUAAGCUUUGCCACCCUAGUCCCUCUCUCCUGCUCUCCUGCAUCCAUACAACAUGACCAGUCCAACAAAGUUGAUGUUGAAGAAUCAUUGCUUUGACACUGGUGAUCUUUGCUUCUUCCAGUACACUUGGCAUUAGUUUGCCUGUCUUCCCAAGUGAUGUGUAAAUUUUUUUGGAGACAUCAUUGAUGGAAUCUUUCGUGGAGUUGGAGAUGACGUUUAUAAGUGGUUCCUGUUUCACAAGCGUACAAUAAGGUUGGUAGUAGAGAAAAGUGAAGAAAAGGGCCUCCACUUGAACUAAAGGAUAUGCAUAUUGUGAGGUGGGGGUGGGCUUUGAACAUCCAGGUUGGCUUUGAAGCUAUUUUUGUAAUGGAGCCUAAUUUGAAUAGUAGAGUGCUUGGUAUCUGGUGGGCGGGGCUUGUGUGUUUUGCUGCAGAAUCAGCCUUCAGUGUGUGUUCCGUUAAGAGUGUCAGUUAAGAGGGACCAACUGCCUCUUCUUGUUUCUUGCCUCAGACUUGCCCCAUGUUGUUGUAUUUAGUUUCUCUCAUUGUGUUAUUUUGUUACAGUUUUCUUUAUUAUCAAAGCUUAGUUCACAUUUACAUGAGCCACUAAUUUUGCUCAAAGAAAAAGAAACUCUGCUGAAGAAUGGUGGAAUAUCCUAAACUUGGGUGAGUGAGGGGAUAUUCCCAGUUUGCCAGGAGGAUUGAUUUUGUUAAUCAUCCCCCCCCACCUCCACAACAAUGUUAGCCCCUGCCCUUUUAGGAUGGACGUGAGAGCUGACAAUCAUAGAAAUCAUUUGUAAAAUCUAUUAGUGUAGUCUGGCUGCGGUAGGGCAGCAGCAUGCCCUGAUCACUUUCUAAAUAAAAGGUUGCAACAGAAAGUUAAUGCAUUUUUAAACUCUUAUAGCGCUUACUAACAGUUCAUCAUCAUUUUGGAAAAUUGUGACAGGUGAGGUGCUGCAGGGUUCUGUCCUGGGCUCAUUCAAUGACUUGGAUGAAGGAAUUGAGAGGAUGCUCAUCAAAUUUGCAGAUGGCACCAAACUGGGAGGGGAAUCUAAUGCUGCAGAAGGCAGAAUCAGGAUUCAAUAAUGAUGAUAUUAACAGAUUGGAGAGCUUGGUCAUUUUUUAGAGUCCUGAUCUCUGAGCACACAUUUUUGGUCAUUUUUCAGCUGCUAACCCCUGGUCAUGUUUUUUUGUUAUUUUUCAGAGUUCUGACCCAUGGGUCACAUUUCUGGUCAUUUUUGGAGACCUGAUCUGGUUAUGCUUUCAGCCAUUUUUUGGCAUCCUGACGCACAUACCACAUUUUUGCUCAAAUACCGUAAUAUUUUAGCAGCAAAUCUGCUAAUUUUAGCAGCAAACCAGCACUUUGAAGCAGGACACUUGUGAUAGUGUUUAGGGAUAGGAGAAGACAUUUCCCCAAAUCCCAUCUGGCUCAAACCUUACUCCAAUGUGCUCAAGAGCAUUGGCAGAGGUCAUCAUACCAGCCAACCAAAGCACCUGUAUUACUUACCUCUUUGGUUCAGGGAUCUGUCCCCUCCUACCUUCCUCUCUCCCUGCCAUAUUUCGCUCUCCACUGCCACAUUGGAACCAUCAAUUCAACAUUUCAUAACUUAAAAGCUUUCAAAAACUUAUUUGCUAGACAUUGUGAUCCAGUUUCUUUCAAUACUCCUUUUCUGAAAGGAAAUUUUAAAAAUUGAAUAGAUCCUGGCAGGGCCAUCUUAAGUAUAUCUGGCACCGUGGUGCAAAGAUCCCUCUGCCCCGUUUCCCAGAGUUGCCGACCUUUUUACAGCGCUGCCGGCAGCUUUGCGGGGUUGGAGGAGACGGGCAGCGGCUGGAGGGCGGCUCCUCUGGCGGGGAAGAGGCGGAGGCUCUGGGCAUGGUGCUGCUUUAGCGAGGCGGGCGAAGGCGGCGAGCUGAUGCCAGGAGGCGCCGCGUCCAGCCUCCAGCUCUUCCCUGGCGCCCUCCAGAACUUGGCGCCUUGGCACCCUGCGCCACUAUGGGCAAGACGCCCCUGGAUCCUGGAUCUCUACGAAAAAGGUCAGCUUGCUCUUCAGUGUAAACCCAUGAGUUCCUUCUCCAGACAUUGAAAUAAAUUACUCAUCAAUAUUUUUUUAAUCUCACAAUUUGUGUAGAUUCUGGAAGUUCAGAGUUUGUUGGAGCUGACAAUGCAGUGUUUUUCAUUUUUUAAUCAAUUGCUCAACUAAAGAUACACAGAUACCUCAUGCCAAUUGAAAGAGGCCAUUAGAAGAGGGGUUACGGAAGAUAAUAAGUUUCUAUACAACUGCACUGUAAGAUCCAAAUAAUAAUUUCUGAAGAAUGCAUGACAUAUAUGCCCAGCUUCAAUGCACACUACAAUCCUGAUCUGAACUAGGGAAUAUCACUCCUUUUAUAUGCAAUGGGAGGAUUUUUUAAAAAAAGACAUUUUCUUGAUAGUUAAAGCCAGAUAAAUUUUGUUUUGCUUAAAUAAAUUCCAUUUUACUUUUGAAUUACCUGAUUGACCUAUGAUCAACCCAUCCAUGCUCCUCCUUUGUCUAUAAGCUCUUAGAAGCCUUCCCAUAAAUAUAUGGGUCCUGUUCUGUUCUUCAGUAGGAGGUUUUAAUAAGAUGUUCCUCUGGUGUCUAUUUAAAUGCUGGAGUAGAGUAGUGACACUUCAACAAUGUAUUAUUGUGGGAGAGGUGCUAUGCAGCCCAGGAAGGCGCUAGAGUGUAGAGCUGUGGAUUAAAGAAUAACUCUGAAUAUUUAGCUUGCCAUAGCGGUAUUCUUUGCAUACUCCACCUCGUGGUAGGUACCACUAAAUAGCCACUUGAUAUUCUGGCAUAUUUAUGCCAUGGAAAUAAAGGAAUGGAAAAAGUCCAUGCCUGCUGUUGUGACAAAUGAGCUUGGGGUGGGCUAAAUCAAAUGAAAAACCAAAACUGGAACUCCAUACAGUGGUGAACACUGAAGUUUCACUCAACUAACAUUUUUAAUCCAUUAUAUUUAAUUCUGAAUAAUAUAUCACACAACUGUCCUAAUUUGUUUGUUGAGAAAAAGUAAAUAAAAUGACUAAGGUCAUCCAUGUUUAUUUGUAAGACAUGUUCAUUUGUCCACCACAUCAACAGUAUUAACAUCUCACUGGAGGCAAGCAUGAUGGCAGAAAUUGCAGAUCUUGGAAUAUGUUAGAAUUUCCUCUUUAUUAACUGCUCCUUACUGUUCAAAUAGGGCCUCAGCACAAUAAUGUAGCAUUUGGGAGCAAAGAUGGAACCCAGCAAGCCAGAACUAGAGGCCAAGAUGGAGAAGAUCUCCACAGCCACCAUGUAUUUUCCUUUGGUGCUCAAGUAAACUGGAACAAAGGAUAUCCAGACACUACAAAACACUAACAUGCUGAAGGUUAUAAAUUUGGUCUCAUUAAAGCUGUCUGGCAGUUUCCUAGCUAAAAAUGCCACAACAAAGCUGACCAUAGCCAGGAAGCCCAUGUAACCAAGAACACAGUAAAACAUGGCGACGGACCCUUCAUUACAUUCCAGUAUCAUUUCUCCCACCAUGGAGUGCAUGUCAAGCUGGGGGAAUGAGGGAGAGGUUAUCAGCCACACAGUGCAAAUACCUGCUUGGAUAAGAGAACAAGAAAACACAAUGGUGCCUGCCAGUCUUUUCCCCACCCAUUUCCUCAUUAUGGAUCCUGGUUUAGUGGCCAUGAAGGCCAGAACCACGGUGAUGGUUUUGGCCAGCACACAAGAAACGGUCACUGUGAAGAUGACAGCAAAAGCAACUUGUCGGAGAAGGCAGAUCACUCUUUCUGGUGGGCUGAGGAAGAGCAAAGGGCAGAGAAAGCAGAGCAGGAGGGAAGUGAGGAGAGCGUAGGUGAGAUCCCGAUUGUUGGCUCUGACGAUUGGCGUGUCCUGGUUUUUAAUAAAGAUGGCUAGAACCAACACUGUGAGCAGAGAGAGAGAAAGAGCUAAGGAAGCCAAGCUCAUCCCUAGAUGCUCUUUUAUAGACAGGAAGAUUAUUGCCUUUGGAAUGCAUUGUGAUUGGCCUUUGUCUGGAUAUCGAUCUUCACUACAUCUGUCGCAAUUGUCCAUGUCUGGAAAAAGAAGAGAUGCAGGUUCUGGGUGUGCCGGACAGAAACUGUCUAUGACAUCCUAACAUUAAACUGGAGUACCAAAAGGUUUCCUAGACAGAACAAAUACACUAUGACCUUUGGACCAGAAAUCAGCAUAAUUUGCUGGGUUGUCUGCCUAUGUUAUGCUAACUUCCCAGGGGCCAUCAUCUGUUGUAUAGAUUGCUGCGGAGACAAUGAUGUUUGAAGAUUUAAGAACAUUUAUAGUGGAGUGGCUCCUUCAGACAUAUAUUCAAUCUCCCAUGCAUUAAUCAUAAAGUGGGAGAUACAUUUAGGGCAGAGUUCUAUCAACUGCUUGAUUGCAAGCUUCUCUUCUAUUACCCCACCCUCUCCCAUAUCAGGCUAUCCAGAUGUUUAGGUCCCCAUCAGAGACCCUCCUCCUUAUGUCUCCUCUGAAAGAGGUUUGGAAGGUGGCAUCAGGGGAAAGGGGCUUUUCAAUGGUGUCCCUCAUUUAUGGAAUGCUCUCCCCAGAGAGAUUCACUUGGGGCCAACUUUGACAUGACUUUGGUGCUAAGCAAAAACAUUUUUGUUUCCCCAGGCAUUUGAAUGUUGAUGUCAUUGUUCCUGGGAUUGAGUUGAAGGUGUAGAUUAUUUUGUAGUGAUGAAGUCAUGGUUGUGGGAGAAGACACUUGUAGGUUGGGUAUGCUUUAUGUGCUCACCAGCUUGCAUUAUUGUUUGUUAACUAUGGAAUUUGUAUGCUUUUAUAUUUCCUAUGUGCUAUUUUAAAUUGUUCAUUCACCUAAGAAAUCUUCUUAAAAGGUGAUUCAUACAUUAAAUAAUUAUAAUAAUAUUAGUAAGUCCUAUCCAAAUGCACUGGAUGCAUUCCUGUGUAAGUUAUCUUACGGACCCAUCCUCAGUUAUCUCCUGCUGCAUAACACACCAGAAAAUGAGGGCGAAAUUUCGAUUUCUGAAAAAGUUUAGAUAAACUGUAGAAAUGCUGCCAAAAGAGACCAACACCAUUCAAAGUCAGUGGUAACCUCUGAUUGAUCAUCAAUAGGAGUCCCAUGCAGAUCACAUCACUAGGGUGGGGAAAGAUGGCUUCUAACUUAGAAUCAGAAGGAAUAUCAUAAAAAGAUACUAGUUGGGUUUCUGAGUGUUGCUGCAAUAAGAUAUGAAAAUUUAUACAAUUAUUACCAUUGAAAGCCUCAAGCUUCUGAGCUUCAGCUAUUAUAGAAAGAACAAUGGCAUCAAUGAUUGGUUCAUUUUUUGCUGAAACAGUCUCCUUACGUAUGUUACAAUGUGCACUAUUUUUGAAGUAUUUCUUGUCUCUCACCCUUCUGGGAUGAAAUCUUGCCUUGAGGGCAUGGAGAACAAUCAUAGCAGCAGAAUUUCUCCCCCUCCUUCUUUUUCUUGCUGGAGCCAGGAGCGCAAUUUGGGUUACAUGUAGAAAGGGGUGGAACCUGUCAUUUGAAUAAACACACGGAUAGUUUAUCACCGAGAAUAAAAUAACAGAUGCAAACUCAAGGUGUGCUGGGUGGGUUUUUUUUUUGAGAAACUUGUUUCAGGUUUUUUGGGUGGUUGAGGUUUGAUUGACUGAUUGAUUUCAAGCAGUUAAAUGGUUGGAAUACAUUGGCUGCAUUCCUAUCAAAUACUGUAUGGAUAUAAAAUAGCUUGUACAUGAUGAGGUUUUAGACAGGACUAAGAGUUGCUGAUGGUCUCCAUUGCCAAUGGGACAAAAUACAGAUUUUUAGUAAUGCAGCAGCAAAAUUGUGUACUUUUUCAUAAAAAUACUAAUUUUACAUCAUUUGUAGCCUAACGCUUACUAAUCAUUUUAUGAUAUAGAGGCAUGUGAUGUUGCAUGUGUAUGCAUGCACGGCCAGUUGAACGCACAGUGGCUUAUAACAGUGUUAUGCUUUUUUAAUAUAAGCAUUAAAUUUACAGAUUUAUAGACAUAGUGAUAAUUUUCAUAUAUGGAAACAUGGUGUUAUAGGCUUCCAUAAUUACGGGUUCAGGAUUUGAGUUAUGCAAGAAGUGCACCAAGACUGCUAUCCAUUUGCUCUAUUUUAUUAGUCGGUGCAAUAAUAUUCAAUUUCCCUAUAGAGCCUAGAAAUCGCAGUUGUGCCCCACCUGCUUAAAGCUUCUGUGCCACACCAUUUUUUCAUCAUCAACUGAAAAUUCCUUGCCUGUGGGAGCCUCCAAAUCUAUUUUUCCAAACUUGACUCUCAGGAAGGAGUUAUUUGGAAAAAUGACAAAAUUGGUAAUAUCGAAUCCGUUCUUCAAUUCCACACUCUCAUCAAAAGACACUGUUUCUCCCACGCUGUUGUUAAAUGAGACACUCCUAAGAAAGGGGUGCAGCUGAGUAGAAAGAGGAACAGAAGGACAGGAACAAUUGAUUAAAACUCGAACAUCUCUCAGAUCUUUUCCACACACAAUUAUUUCCAGGGGAGGGAACUUGUUAGAUUGAAGCUUUUGUUGGCAGUUGAAAGAUGAAUGAGAAAAUAAACAAGUGCUAGUCUCCAAACCCAAGCAUCUCUGGGUAGGGCUGCAAGUGACUUUUUCCUGGAAUGCAGGAAAGUCACUAUCAGUAAGUGUGAACAAUACUGAGUUUGAUGUUCUUAAAGAUCCUAUUUAGUAUAGGGUAGCUUCCUAUAAAGGCACUGUUCUAUAUGCCCCUAGGUUGUCAUUCCUCUGCUUAUAUCAAUAGAGCUGAGUCUCAAGAAAGAUAUUACCUGCCAAGGCUGCAGAUUUGGAAGCACCCACCUCCCUUUGUCUUCCAUAGUUCUGCGUUUGUACCUGGUUUGGAAAAUGGCAUGUAAAGCAUGUGCUACAACAGAGACUGCAUUGUAGAUGCUGUAGCUGUGGCCAGUCAUGCUCGUCUCAAAGCCAGAUGAAGGGAGAUCUUCAAGCUUCUCCUUUCCAGUGCAGAUUUUAUAAACCUGCUUCUUUGUCUUAGAGCUUGGAAAUGAACAUCUGAAUGCUCGUUCCCAGAACAACUUGAGAAAAAUGUCUUCAUUGGUCCCCAGAGGAUUUAAGAGCUGAAGAAAUGUUCUGAAUCCUUGAACCUCUUUUGAAUGAACCCUGAAGGAGAUGGAACCGUGGAAGGCUUCCAUACUUAAGGUCAUUUGGUAGAAGAAUUCUGUAAACUCCAGCUGAGCAGUCAUAAUCCACACCUUUCCUACUGGUGUAUUUGCGCCAUUUGUUAUUUCACCUAUGAUGAGCAUUGUUCGUAAACAAAGCAUGGACUUGGUUUCUCCAAAGACAACAACAGCACUGGCUUUGCUCUCCGCAAUAACUUUGUAGAUUUGGAGCCACUUGAGACUUAAAGAAAAUAAAACUCUCCAAUAUGUGUUUUUUGGAGUUCUCUCUGAGAAAGCAAAGCAGAUGCCUCUCUGGGAAAGCAGAAGUUGCAUGGACUGCAAAAAUCUCUCCCCGCUCUCUCCCUCUAUAGCGAUAAACCCAACCCAUGUCCAGCCAAAGUGCAGAAGCAACUGAGCAAUGCCAGUGUAUUGAUGGGCUUCGUUUGGAACCAUCCGGUAGAAGGGAGUAGACUGGACUUGAUCACUGUCUUCUGGAGCAAAGGAGCCAUAACUGAGCUAAAAAGAAAUAAAGAAGCAUAUUAUGGCAAUGUAAUAGAGGGAAUUGCUACAUGCAUCUGCAGUGAAAGGGCAAUUGCGAUUGGGAUUCACCUCUCCUGCUAGGCCAAAGUGUCCAGGAUGGAGCAAGUUGAUUUGAUGGCAUCACAGCAAAAUCAGUGCAUCUCGAAUGCAAAGAUAUUCCUGAGAGUGUCAUCAGCUUCAGCCUUUGUAAGAGUAGAGUGUGGUCCUAGCAUAGUGAAUUUGUGGCUUGUGAAAUAUUUCAUGUAACCAAUAAUGUUUACUGGAGAUUUGUUAAGAGUGCUGGAAUUGUAGCUCUGUAACAGGUCUCCUAACAAUUCUCAGCAUGCUUAACAAGCUACAGUUCUCAGGAUUCUGAGUGUUAAGGUGGAAUGAUAGUGCUUUAACUGCAUAGUGUGAACGUGAUCUUUGUCUCUCAGAACCGGAAAACUUUUCUGGGUAGAAAAGGAAAAUGCAAAUGACUCAUGAAGUUACCUGUAUCUUACCUGUGGAGUCUUGUAAACACCCAGGAUGGCUGCCAUAUGGAGAGAGGUUUCAAAAUCAAGUCCCCCAAUGACAGCCAACAGACUUUUCUGAGUGUCACACUUGUAGUUGGGAACUAAUUUCUGCUGUGUGAAUAGAAGCUCCAGAGUUGCCCGAUAGGUCAUCCUUUCAUUGUAAUAACUAUCGUAGAUGUGAAAUCCCAAGGUGACAUUUGGCAAGAUCUCAAGAUUCUCAUUGAUCUCCUUGACAGCAAAUACCAAUGCCAGAAUAUGUUGGUAGUUCUUUGGCACAACCCUGCAAUGAAAGUCACUUGAUAUUGAGUUACCAGGUAUACUAGGCAUUGUGUGACAUAGAAAUGGGUGAAUCUGUCUGUUUGGGUUUCUUCCUAUUUAUCAUUUUUUUUCAAUCUUAAAUUCUGUUUUCAAUCGCAUAUAGGAUAUAUGUUCCUGAUUCAAACCAAUACUCAAUUUUCGGCAGGCAAAGAUCUAAAUAUGGGUGGAUCUGUCAGUUUUUAUUUCUCUCUGUUUCUCAUUUUUCCAAUCUUAAGUUUACAUUCUGAUAUCAGUUUGUGAUUUUCAAAAAAAAAAAAAAAAAAAAGGCCACCAGCAUUUUAGUGCAAAUUUCUCCUAAUAUUCAUAUUUUUGUAUGCAGUUCUGCCCAGUGUAAACAUUUUUGCAAAGUGAUGUCUGCAGAUAUAAUGCAUUUUUAAAUGUUAUUUCACUAAAAUAUGCAUUGUUAUGUACACUUUACUUGACUGGGGAACUGCAUUGCAAAAUUUGGAAAAGUUUGAAGUUCAAGGCAUAGCUGGCUUCUGGUUUGCAUAUUGUUUCAUUACUGUUAAAAAGAUAGGUUCAUCUUUAAAUGAGAGCAGAAUGGAGUUUCCCCACCACCACCCUUACUUCUCUCACUCAUGCACAGAUAACCACCUCUCUCUGCUUCAAACUGCAUUAAAGAGUAUUUGUCUUCAUUUCUGUGUAAACAGGGUUAAAAGGUAAAGGGACCCCUGACAAUUAAGUCCAGUCACAAAUGACUCUGGGGUUGCGGUGCUCAUUUCACUUUAAAGGCUGAGGGAGCCGGUGUUUGUCCGCUUCCGCAGACAGUUUUUCUGGGUCAUGUGGCCAGCAUGACUAAGCCGCUUCUGGCAAAACCAGAGCAGCACACGGAAACGCCAGUAAACAGGGUUAGGAUCUGGAUAUUAAUGAGCAUCAAAUAAAGUCCUUACAAUACAUUAAGUAAUUGCUGGAAGGUGUGGAAUUUCUUGAAGUCUUCCCAGUUAAGAGAAGGAAAGAGAUGAGAAGUAAGUCCACCAAUGAUCAGGUCACCUGGCUGAUAAUACUUGUGUGGAAUAUGGAAUGGGUCACUGAUGGUGCACGUACUGAUGAUUUUCCCAUUACAUAUCAUCCAUGGAAGCAACAAGAGCACUAGCAUCACAAAAAUAUCAUGCUCAUCUUCCUUCUAGGCAGAGAGCCCUGUAUUCCAUUUACAACAUUGGUCUUCGGAUCAGUCACAAAGCAGGUUAUCUUGAAUGGUACUACAUGCUACCUAAGCAAGAGAUUAAUUCCUGGAAGCUUGGUUACAAAAUCAAGAAAAGAUCUGAGAUUAGACUUACAGAAUCUGGCUUUCCCUCUUACUUGAAAUGCCAGAGACAGUGGGGGUUGCAUUUGCAUUUAGAUAUCUAGUAGUGGUCUCUGGAAAUGCACUGGGGCCUCAUGAAAAACACAUUCAGUCAUCUUGAGAUUGGUAAUUAUAGGGGAGUUAAUGAUCGGUUAUCCAACCUGAAGCAGCAGGCGUGUUGGAAGAACAGGGGGAUACUUGUCAUAUCUUAACCAUAAUAAGUAGUUGUUGUGGAACAGCUGAAGUGUAUAGAGAAUAUGCUGUAAUGGGACAAACAAAAGUAUAAAUCCUGGGCCUUGGGACUGAGUCAGGGUGGAAGUAUGUCUGCCUGAUAGGGAUAGGUGAAUCUCUCCAUUAUGAUUUUGCUCCAUUUCUCAAUUUUUUCUAAUCUUACAUUCAGGUUUCAGGACCAUAUAGGAUAUAUGCUCCUAAUUCCAAUCAAUUCUCAUUCCUGGCCAAAACUUUUAAGGAACACUUACAGUUUGCCACAGGGGAUAGAAUAAUUUCAAUAUAUCUUAAUGCCAUCUUCAAUAAAACUUUAGAGAAACAAACAACAUCUCCCUUAGGUUCCUGUCAAGGAAAGAACACAGAUAGCUUUCCUGUAGGAAUGUUUCUUUCACACAACCCUUCAAUGAGAGUUGCUUGAACUGCACUGCAAAAUUUUGAGAACUUCAGAUUUCAAUUGAUGGCUGUUUUGGUUCACAUAUUGUUUCGCUGGUGAGAAGUUUCAUCUUUAAAUGAGAAUUGAAUCAAAUUUCUCCCUAUAUGCUAGUAUAUGAAUCAUUAUAUGAGCAUUCAAAUGUUUAGCACAUGUGAUAAAGGGGAAGCAGAUGUCUAAAAAAAUCUAUUCACUGAUACAAAAAGAUGGGAGUGUUACUUAUGAUAAUGCAAAAAUAAAUUCCCUAUUUGGGAAUUUAUCAUUACUAAAACUCAAUAGCUUGAUGAAACCUUGAGGUGAGGACAUAUCUAAUGUAAAAUGUAUAAGUGGGACACAUUAGACCAAAAUGAAUAGAGAUAUUUUGAAGGAAGAGAUUUAUCAGACUAUUAACAGGUUGAAAUAACAAAACACUUGGACUGGAUAGCUUUGUAAGUUCUUUCUACAAAAAAUAAAAGGAUCUGCUGGUUGGGUUGGUGGAUUAAGGAACAAUUCGACAAUUCUGAAGUUAGCUUGCUGUAGCAGGGUUUUUCUAUAUUUGUCUGCCAGAUGUUAGGUACCACUAAAUAGUCACAUGAUAUCCUGGCAUUUUUGUGCCUUGCAGAUGGAUGAGGGGGAAAUGCCAGUGUCUGCUAAUGUGACACAUGAACUUGGGGUAGGAUAAAUCAAAUGGAGAGCCAAAACUGGAAGUCCAAAUGUCCCUGCCAAAAUGUAUUACUGGAGAACCUGGAGAGAUUCACUCAACUAACAUUUUUUAAUCCAUUAUCUUUUAUUUUGGGUAAUAUAUCACACAAAUGUCCUCUGAUUUGUUGAUAGAAGUGAAGAAAGUGACAAUGAUGAUCCAUGCUAAUUUGUAAGUUUUUUAAAAAAUAAUAUUUAUUAGUAGUUUCAAAGUUAUAAAGAAAAAAGAAAAAUUAAAAACAACACUGUAAUACAUAGAAAAAAAAGUGAAAACAACAAUACAGCAAAAAAAUAAAAAUAAAAAUGGAAAACACAAGAAAAAAGAAAACAACAUAGAUCCCAAAUUACAUAUCUAUAACUUCCAUUUGCUUGUUUCAUUGACCUCCUCACACCUCCCUUUUUGUAUUCUAGUUUAAUUAAUUAUUUCAGCAAAUUCUUUCCAUCUUUCUCAAUUUUUGUUAAAAAAAUUAUCUUGACAGUUUAACUUUAUAAUUAGCUCAGCAAAUCCUUACCAUCUUUCCCCAUAUUCUGUUAUUCAGGUUGCCUUAAUUUAUUUAACCUUAUCUUAGUUUUCAAAUAUACUGUCAGGGAACUGCCAUCGGAAGGAAGGGAGGUGAAAGGACUCAGACAGGUUGGAAGAGACUCAGCAGCGGAAGAGGGAACCAGCAAGGGGAGAGAAGCUGAACUGAGGGAGGUGAAAGGGCUCAGACAGGUUGGAAGAGACUCAGCAGCUGAAGAGGAAACCAGCAGGGGAGAGAAGCUGAACUGAGGGAAAGGGAGCUGGGGGAUGGCUCAGAGAUACUUCCAGCGAAAACAGUGGUGAGGUUUCCGGACCUCCUGUUGGGACACCCACUCCUCGCCGGAAACUGUCACGCAGAGAGUCCAGAAGACGUGUUUCCGUUAAGGAGCUUUUAUGUUGGAAGCGAUUACGAAAGCAGCCACUGUCGGAAUCUUCUAGUGACUAGAGGAGCCAUGUCAGAGGGGCUCAGUCACAGACAGAGGUUUGUGGACUUGAACAAACUCUGAGGGAAUACGAUUUUACGCACAAGCAGCUCAUCUUCCCAUCACAGCAUUCCGACAGUCUUUGAACGCAGCUUGUGCAGGAGAAGGCAUAAUGAGCAACCCAGCAGGAACCGGAGAAGCAGGGGCUGGAGCGGGUCCAAGCCUGGAAGAAAGGUACCGGGUGUUGGAGGUCCAGCUGGCGCUGCAGACGGCGAGGCUGGAGGAGAGGAGGGCUCAAGAUGCAGACAACAGGGAGAAAGCCACCCAGCUCGCCAGAAAGGUACCAGGAUUGGUGCAGAAAUUUGGGGGGGAGCCCAAAGACUAUCAUAGCUUUCGGACAGAAAUGCAAUAUGCCCUCAAUCUGCAGUUUGAUGAUUUCCCUGAUGAGGAAUCACGAGUGGCUUUUGUGAUUGGGCAUCUUGAAAAGGGGCGAGAGACUGGGUUAGACCCCUGAUGGCAGCGCAUAGUGACGUCCUAAAGGACACGAUGAAGUUCUUUCGCGCCAUGGAUCUGAUGUUUUCCAGCGAUAUUGAAAAGGGAGUGGUGCGCAGACAGUUAAUGGCUUGCAAACAGGGAGCCGAUCUGUACGUGAGUACUGGACUGAGUUCACCAUGCUGAUACACAGAUUGGGGUGGGACUUAUCGGCGGAACCCAUUCAAAUGCUCUUUGAAGAAGGGCUUUCUUCGGCUGUGAAAGAUGAACUUUCCCGGGCGCCCAGGGCGGAGUCUAUGGACCAGCUGACCAAAUCAGCGCUGGCCAUAGGAGGCGCGCCAGGAGGCGAGAGCAUUGGAGAGGCGGGAAGGGAAGGGGAACGUUGGAAGGAGUUCCGCAUUCCAGACAUUCCAGAGCCAACUUUCCCGCCGGCAGAGCCGAUGGAAAUCGGAACAGCGCGCGCGCGCAGUUUCAAAGCCCAGUGAGGGGGGGAAAAAGGAGGGAAAAGGCGCCCGGAAAUGCUAUCUCUGCCAACAGCCAGGGCACUUUGCCAGAGUCUGCCCCCAGAGGAAGGAAUGGCAAGGGAUGGUGGGAGCUGUGGAGGGAAGAGAGGAAAAGAUACCGGAGCAACUAAAAGCCAACGCCUGGCUGCCAUUGUCGGGGCACAGCAGCCAGGCCAAAGAGCAGUGAAAGUGCCCACGCCAGAACCUCCUAAACCCGCCCUAGUGAUAGAAGUGACACUAGAGCUGCCAAACGGACACCCUCUAAAGAUAAAGGCGCUGUUGGACUCAGGCAGCUCCUGCAAUUUCAUGAGCAAAGAGUUUGCAGCUGAACACCAGAUACAGACGCUCCCUUUAAGCAACCCCCUGCAGGUAACCACGAUCGAUGGCAGGGAGCUGUUGGGAGGAGAAGUCAGCUUGCAGACCGUCCCAAUGAUAAUGAAGGUGGCAAGGCACACCGAACUCAUUGCGUUUAAUGUGGCCACCUUGGGAGGAGCUCCCAUUAUAUUGGGGAUGAGCUGGCUAGCGUUACAUGAUCCGCUGGUGGGCUGGCAUCAAAGAGUGGUUUCUUUUGGGUCAGCACAUUGCUUAGAACACUGCAAAGAGGAAAGGUUUUGGCAGGGGCCCAAGCCACCCUAGCAGGGACUGAAGUAACGGAGAACGUGAAGGUACCACGACAAUACGCAGAUCUCCGCGACGUCUUCAGCGAAAGGGAAGCUGACCAACUACCACCGCAUAGAGCCUUUGACUGUCAAAUCAAUUUGCUCCCUGGGGCACAGCUCCCUGUGGGCAAGCUGUACGCCAUGUCAGACAGAGAGAUGCAGGAGCUAAGAGAGUUCAUUGACAAGAACCUGAAGAGAGGGUUCAUCAGAGAGUCCAGGGCGGUGGGGGCAGCCCAGUGUUUUUGUGGACAAAAAAACACGAACAAGCCGAGACUGGUGUGUGACUUCAGGGCCUUAAAUGCAGUGUCAGAACCAGUGGCCUUCCCGAUGCCCAGGAUUGACGACAUUUUGACAAGGGUGCGGAAGGGAAAGAUUUUCACCAAGCUGGAUCUAAGGGGGGCGUACAACCUGAUACGAAUAAGGAAGGGGGAUGAAUGGAAAACCACCAUGUUCACCCCUUUAGGGGCAUUUGAAUACUUAGUUAUGCCCUUCGGUCUACAAGCAGGCUCCGCAACAUUUCAAUCGUUUAUGAACCACGUCCUGGGGCCGUUGCUUUACAAGAAUUGUGUGGCCUUCUUAGACGACGUGUUGGUGUAUUCUGAGAAUGAGGAGCAGCAUGUGAGAGACGUCAGAGAAGUGUUGAGCAGGCUGCAAGCCAGCCAGCUGUGGGUGAAACUGGAGAAGUGUCAGUUUCAUACCAAGGAGGUGGAAUUCCUGGGGUAUCGCCUGUCUGACAAGGGGUUGGCCAUGGAUCCCGGCAAGGUCAGGCGGUACUGGAAUGGAAAACACCCAAAACAAGGAAGGAUGUGCAGAGGUUUUUAGGAUUUGGGAACUUCUAUCGUAAGUUCAUCCCAAACUUUGCCCACCUGACGGCGCCCAUUACGGACUGUCUCAGCAGUAAGAAGAAGUUCGUUUGGACGGAGGAGGCGGAGCAAGCAUUUGAGGAACUAAAAGGGCCUUCGCCUCGGAACAACAGCUCCUGCAUGUGGAUUUACAAAAACCGAUGAGAGUGGAAACUGACGCAUCAGACAGAGCGGUUGGGGCGGUGCUUCUCCAGCCAGGGAAGGAGGAGUCAGAGUGGAGACCGUGUGCUUUUUUCGCGAAAGCUGAACAAAUCCGAGAGGAACUACACGGUGUAUGACCGAGAACUACUAGCCAUUCAUGAGGCGUUCCGGAGAUGGAGGCACCUGCUAAUUGGCGCACAACAUAAGGUGCAAGUGUGCACUGACCACAAGAACCUAGAGUAUUGGAGGACGGCACGAGUGCUCAGCCAACGGCAAGUGAGGUGGGCCCAGGAAUUCUCCAAAUUUAACUUUGAGAUUUGUUACGUGCCAGGCCCAGAGAACAUUAGGGCGGACGCUCUCUCACGCAAACCUGAAUAUUUGGAGGGAGGGAGCACCCGAAGAGAGACAUGUCAUUCCAGAGGACCGCUGGGUGUGUGGGGGCGGCAUUGGUGGGACAAAGAGAACUGGUAGAAGAAACAGAGAAUGAUGAAUACGCCCAGAAUAAGCUCAGAGGUCUUAGGGAUGAGGGAGAGGAAUCAAGGGGUUUCGAGGAAAGAAAUGGAGCUUUGUAUUACAAAGGGGCACUGUAUAUCCCUGAAGGAGACUUAAGGGGAGGGUACUCAAGCAGUUGCAUGACAGCCCCACGGCGGGGCAUUUUGGGCAACACAAAACCAUGUGGUUGGUCACCAGGGAAUUUUGGUGGCCUAAGGUGAGGAGGAUGUACGUGAGUAUGUAAGAGGGUGCGAGCAGUGCCAGCGAGCCAAAGGGAAAGGCGGGCGCCGGCGGGGCUGUUAGAACCCUUACCAACACCAGAACGACCUUGGGAGGCAGUGUCGAUAGAUUUUAUGACUGAUCUGCCGAAGUCCAAAGGGAAAACAGCCAUCAUGGUGGUGGUAGACCUACUAACAAAGAUGUGCCACUUUGUAGCUUGCUCGCAUGCAGUCACGGCGGAAGAGACAGCGAAGUUAUUUGUAGAACACAUUUUUAGGUUGCACGGGGUGCCAUUGAGGGUGGUCUCAGACCGAGGAAAACAAUUUACUUCCAGGUUCUGGAGGAAGCUCAUGAGCUUACUGCAGGUGGAGGUCAACUUUUCGACUGCCCGGCACCCUGAAACCAACGGGCAGGCGGAAAGAGCAAACGGUGUCCUCCAGCAAUACCUGAGGUGUUAUGUCAAUGACAGAGAGAAUGACUGGGUAGAAAAGUUGGCGCUGGCGGAAUUUGCCUACAACAAUGCCGAGAAUGUGUCCACAGGGAUGAGCCCCUUCUUGGCUAAUUAUGGGUGUCAUCCCAGGGCUUUCCCAGGGGAGAAGGGGAGAGAUGGAGCGUACCGGCAGCCGAGCAUUUUGUAGAAGAAAUGGAAGCAAUCCACCGUCAGCUCCAACUCAACUUAGAAAGGGCGAAGGAAGAAUACAAGAGGCAGGCAGACAAGAACCGAAGGGAAGGUGAAACCAUAAGGGUUGGAGAUAGGGUGUGGCUGUCAACCCGAGGGUUGCCGUUCAAAGGAGGUUGUAAGAAAUUAAGACCCAGGAGGUUGGGUCCCUUUGAGGUCAUUCAACAGGUCAACCCAGUGGCUUUCAGGCUCCGGUUACCCAACCACAUGAAACUGCACCCAGUAUUUCACAGGUCGUUACUGUCACCGUACGCGUGGGGACGAGAAGGGAUGGCCCCUCGGGGACCGGUCAUAGAAGAAAGAGAAUGCAGCAGUCAUGUGGCCGAAAUCCUAGUUGCCAGGUGGAAGGGAAUCAGGUGGAGUAUUUGGUAGCGUGGGAAGGAGAACCGGAGUCAGAAAACACGUGGGUAAUGGCCGAAGAUAUCAAUGACAAGGUAUUGAUAGAAACGUUCCAUCAAAGGUCCCGAGGAAACCUCAGCCUGUGGAGAGGUUCCGGAGGGAAUACUUUGGGACCACUGAGGAGGAGGAGGAGUUGGAAGGAUUCCCAGAAUCGGAAGGGGAAGGGGGGAUGGACUCGGAGGAGGAGGAGUGCUUCGAGACCAGGAACCGCAACAGGUGGAGAGAAGUGUUCGAGACAUCGGAAGAUGAAGGAAGUUCAUUCCGGGGUUUUGCCUCCUCACCGCCCGUAGUGGUGGGGGGGGCGAGAGGGGGUGAAGGGGGCCCUGGAGGGGAGGUGGAUGGCAGGGAACUGCCAUCGGAAGGAAGGGAGGUGAAAGGACUCAGACAGGUUGGAAGAGACUCAGCAGCGGAAGAGGGAACCAGCAAGGGGAGAAGCUGAACUGAGGGAGGUGAAAGGGCUCAGACAGGUUGGAAGAGACUCAGCAGCUGAAGAGGAAACCAGCAGGGAGAGAAGCUGAACUGAGGGAAAGGGAGCUGGGGGAUGGCUCAGAGAUACUUCCAGCGAAAACAGUGGUGAGGUUUCCGGACCUCCUGUUGGGACACCCACUCCUCGCCGGAAACUGUCACGCAGAGAGUCCAGAAGACGUGUUUCCGUUAAGGAGCUUUUAUGUUGGAAGCGAUUACGAAAGCAGCCACUGUCGGAAUCUUCUAGUGACUAGAGGAGCCAUGUCAGAGGGGCUCAGUCACAGACAGAGGUUUGUGGACUUGAACAAACUCUGAGGGAAUACGAUUUUACGCACAAGCAGCUCAUCUUCCCAUCACAUAUACAUAACUCCUGAUAUCAUUUCUGCUAGAGUCAUAUAGUUUCAUUCCAACAUUUCCCCUAAUAUUCAUUAAUUUUUAGCCAAUUCCCUAAAUAAAAAGUUUCCUUUAUAAAUUUUCUUCCAAUUUUCAUCCAGCGUUUCAUCUUCCUGGUCUCGGAACGUGUCAGUCCUUACUGUCCAAUCCAUCUAGUCCAUCAACCUGGAAGCCUUAUGUCCGAGGCCCUUAAGUCUCUUCCAUGUCCCUUCUGCAUUUCUUCUUCUUCUUGUUAAUACUUGCCCUUUUCCUUGUCUUUUGUUGGUCUCUUUCUUAAUUCCUUACCUUUCUUAUUGAGGAGUAGUUCUCUGGGGGGUUCCAACCCAGAGUUGUCUCCAUCUCCCUUCAUCAAAUCCACCCAUUCCCCAAAGUCCCACUCCCCACAGUCCUCGAUAAAAUCCAAAAAAUAUUUAAAAACAUAUUUCAAGGUCUCUCCAAAGUUAGGAACCUCCUCAACACCAGAUUCCCCCUGGCCCAUUCCAACUUCAAUCUUCAAUAACAGCGGCUUAUGCUCCUGUAGGGCCUCGGGUCUCUCCAUUUGUAUUAUUUGAGGUGCAACCGCAUCCUCCUCCAUUAUCUUCUGUUCUUGCCCAGUCAGUACUAAUUCAUGAGUUGGUCCCUGAAUAUCAAUGUUCCCUGUUUGUCCACAGUUAUUAACCACAACAGUCAAAUCCAUUUUUUCAUUCAUCAAGUCCAUCUUCUCAUGCAUCUGUUCCAACAGGGCACUUGUCUUGCAUAAAGCAAGCACCCAAUCUUCCUCCCAGCUCAUCUUUAGGCAAGGUCAGAAAAGACUGUUCCCACGGUCUUAAUCUCACAGCUGUUGAGUCCUCAAAUAUACUGCUGCAACAAUUUAACAAGCUCCCUCUAGAGGAGAUAAUUUCUAUUUGUAUCCAUUUUUUUUUUUUAAGGCAAGUCCAACAAAGGAAAAUUACUUUCGUUUUUCAGAUAUUUUCCGGAUAUUUUGUUCCUUUAAGAUGCAAAAGGCAACAUUGGAAUCAGCUUGUUUCUCUUCUUUAACUAUCUGUCAAAAUGUUCCAUUCACAGUCAAUGAACCUACAAUUUCUGUCUCUGACACCCCGUUCCCAGGUUAGAGAUGGUGGAAACUCAUCCUUCUCGCUCCCUCUCCUGCAGGGGUUAAACACCCCCCCCUUUUCUCCCGCUUCCAAGGGGGUUUCAGUAUUUCUGAAUGAAGGAAAUUUAGACUUUUUUGACAGCUUUCCAGGCUUUAGCUUACGAAGUUUUUGCUUUAGUCUAUAUACAAAAAGCGGAAGGCGGACUUCCUGUUUUGAACCUUCCCGCUUCGAUGCCAAAUUAAGAUAUUUCUUGAUCCAAUUUUCCGUUUCUACUCAUGGGUACUUGUUUUAAAUCCAAUUGUCCACAGGAAAAAGUCAGCGCUCUCCGGCAAUGGCUGUGCGGCUUCACUCCGUGAAAGUAGCAAUCAGUUCGCAGCACCGUGCCGCUCACCCCGCUUCAAUCUGGCGCCUGAAAAAGGGGUUCCCGGUGAGUAGGGGGGGCGCUUCUGGUGCCCUGCCGAACCCCACGUUCCCAGGCUUCCUCCGCCUGGGAUUUCUAGCGGGUCCCCACCUUCGCCGUGGCGGGAAGACCCAGUUUUCACGGAGCUAGUUCCUCCGGUCGGAGGAACUCCGCCAUUCACCGAUGGCGCUGACCCGGAAGUCCUCCCAUGCUAAUUUGUAAGUUAUGUCCAUUUACUUACCACCUCAAUAGAGAAGAAUAUUAUGGCAGAAAUUGCAGACUCUACAAUACUUUAGAAUAUUUAUUGAUUGACUGGAUUUACAGUGGAUCUCACACAAUAAUGUAGCAUUUGCAAACAAACAUGUAACCUAGUAAGCCAGUACUGGAAGCCACAGUGGAGAAGAUCUCCACAGCCAUUUGGUACUCAGGAACAAAGGAUAGCCAAAUACUUUAGAAUAUCACCAAAAUUGUCAUUUUUUUUUUUAAAAAUUGCUUUGGUGUCCUCACCCACAGGUUAUGUUUUCGUUCCUUUUUUGGAGUUCUGACCCGUAUGUCAUCAUUUUGCUAAUCUUUCAAGUCUAAAUCUGCUGGUCACCUUUUUCUUCAUCUUUCAAGUUCUGAUGCACAGGUUAUAUUUUCACUCAUAUUUUUUUUGAGUCCAUUGUGUUUUUUGCUCAAAAUACUGCAAUACACCUUUCCUUCUAAAAAGAGUGAUAAUGUUCAAGAUAACAGCUGCCCUGGAACAGGAAACGUGGUGGUCUUUAAGGGUAGGAGAGGAAACUCAUUCCACCUUUCCCAUCUACCUCAAAUCUUACCCCAACAUGCUAGUGUUGCAUGUAUCUCCAAAACUUGCUGUAUCUCCAGAUCUGGAGAUUUGUGUACAGCUAUUAACCAAAUGAAAAACAACACAGCCAGCAGACCUGAUGGGAUACCUGCCAAAGUCUUCAAAGUGGGCAGAAUUGAGCUUACCCAACAACUUCACAAGCUCAUCAAAAAAAUCUGGGAGAGAGAUGCCAGGAGACUUUAGAGAUGCCAAAAUUAUCAAUCUUUUUUAAAAAGGUUAUAGAACAGAUUGUGGAAAUUAUUGAGGCAUCUCUUUCUUAGCCACAGCCAGCAAAAUUAUUGUAAGGAUCUUAGCCAACUGUCUCCUACCUUUAUCUGAGGACACACUUCCUGAAUCCCAAAAUGGUUUUCGACGUUCUAGGGGACAGUGGAUAUGAAUUUCCCUGCUUGACAGCUUCAAGAAAAAUGCAGAGAACAAAAUCAACCCCCUGUAUAUGGUGUUUUUCUACCUGACUAAGGCUUUUGAUACUGUAAAUUGUACUGCCCUGCGGACUAUCCUUCUGAAAAACAGCUGCCCAGAUAAAUUUGUGAAUAUCCUUUGGCUCCUCCACGAUAACAUGACAGCAACAAUCGCGGAUAACAAUGGUUCUCAAAGUCAACCAUUCACAGUGGGAUCAGAUAUUAAACAGGGAUGUGUUAUCGCCCCAACUCUACUGAUUAUCUUCAUCUCCAACUGGAGAACAUCCUUUACCAAGCGUGUCAUGGACUUAGAAUAAGCACGAGCUCAGGGCAAAAGGAGAAACAGCAAGAGUAAGGCACAUUUGACAAACCCUCACCGUGAUCAACUCCUGCCAGAAAACCUACAUCCCCACUGUGGAAGGACCUGUGGAUCCAGAAUUGGCCUCCAGUCACUUAUGGACUCACUGUUAAGACUGUGUUCAUGGAAGACAAUAUUUCUUGCCAAGAGUGAUCAGAGGAGGAGGAGGAGGAGGAGGAGGAGGAGGAGGAGGAGGGCGGCUCAGGAUUGGCACCAGGCUGAAACUGCUUUAUGAUCAUAUAGUUGAAUAUGGUAUAGUGCGAGAAGGAGAGCAUUCUAAUUUCACAAUUUUCAUGUUUAGGAUAAUUUAGAUUGCCAGGAUCAAGGAAAUCAUUUUCUUCUCUCCCUAUAUUUCCCUGUCCACUGCCACAUCCCAUAUCUUAAAUGUUUUCAAAGACUUAAUUGCUGGGAUCAGGCCUUCUGGUCUAGUUUCUUUCAAUACUCCUCCUCUUUCCUGGGAAGGAAGUGGAAGCUGAUAUUUUUAAAACUGAAGAAAUUCUGCAUUUUUACCAAAAGGGCAGUUAGUAGUAGUAAACCCAAAAGUUCCUUCCAUAGCAGCCAACUCCAGGGAGGCACAAUAAUAUAAUUGUGGGGGCUGGGCACCCACAAAGUCAAUGAGAAAACCCGGCAGCGUCAGUGGCACUGCCUCUGAGAGAGUUCAGCUCCAUCCUCUGCAGCCAGCCAGCAAGGCAUCCUUUCCUGGGGUGGGGGUGGGGUGUUGGAUCCUGCCUGCAGAGAGGAGGAAGAGAGAUCACCAUGUGGAUGUGCAAUGACACACACGCCUGUACAUAUGCGUGUGAUGUCGCACAUCCGCGUUGCAGUGGUAGGCACCCUCAAUCCUGAGGACAAGAUGGUAUCCCUGGUUCCUUCUCCAUAUACAGUCAUACCUCAUGUUACGUUUGCUUCAGGUUGCGCGUUUUCAGGUUGCGUCCCGUGGCAACCCAGAAGUACCGGAGAGGGUUACUUCUGGGUUUCGCCGCUUGCGCAUGCACAGACACGCAAAAUGACAUCACACGAAUGUGCAGAAGCGGCAAAUGGUGACCUGUGCACGCGCAGGCGUUGGUUGGUUGGUUGCGUUCUUUUCAGGUUGCGAAUGGGCCUCCGGAACAGAUCCCGUUCGCAACCAGAGGUACCAUUGUAUUGAGAUGGGUUACACGAGAAUAUUUGUAUCUCACCACUGUUUAACUUCUGGAAGUUCACAGUUUGUUGAAGCUGACAAUGCAGAGCUUUUCAUUUUUAAUCACAGACUGACUCAAUACACCUCAAGUCCGAUUGAAAGAGGCCUGUUAAAAGAGGCAAUACUCAAGAUAAUGAGUUUGUACACCACUGAAACUAUAAUACCCCAACCAUAAAUUCUGAAGAAAGCAUGGUAUAUUUGUUCAGUUCCAGUAGAGUGGGGGAAGAAUAAAAAAGCUAGAAUAUAUCCAAACGCUACAAAAUAACAACAUGCUGAAGGUGAUAAAUUUGGCUUCAUUGAAGUUGUAAACAUAUUUUCCCCUAGCAAAAACUGCAGUAAAAAAUCUGAACAUGGCCAAGAAGCCCAUGUACCCAUAACAAUAUUCUUGUCUGUGGCCCUUUACAUAGCUUAAAGGGAGGGAAUGCAAGAGCAGGGAUAGGGACCUUCUGGAUAGGUAGGAGUCGCUUUUUUUUAAAAAAAGUUUUUAUUUAUACUUUUCAAGCUUAUACAUUUCAUUAGUUUUACAAUCAAUUUAACAUUUCGAAGUUUGACUUCCUUUCCCCUCUUUCUGCAGUUCCUUAAAUUUAUGUUUUAAUAUCUUCUGCAUAUCCAAAUUCAUUUAAUUUGCCCAUUUAAUUAUCUACUUUAAAUAUAUACUCUUAUGAAACUGCAGGUUAUUACAAUAAUCCUGCUAAUGUUUUUAUCUGUUUGCAAUUUAUCUGUAAAUAUUUAAUAAUUUCUACUCUUUUAUAAAAAGUCUGUUAUCUUGAUUUCUUAUUCUCGCGGUAAGUUUCGCCAUUUCUGCAUAUUCCAUAGGUAGAGGGACCCAUGCGAAAUUGGUAGAUAGGAACUUGCUAUCUAACUUUAAUAACUGUCACUUGAGUCUGCUUCUUUCUCCCUUCCCCUCUUUUUGUGUCAUGUCUAUCAGCUUGUGAACUUUUGGGCAAAAGCUGUCUUGUUUAAGUGGACAGAACCGCUUUAAAAGCAAACCGGCCCACUGACAGUUGGCCCCCAGGCUCGCGCGCCUCCUGUCGGGGUGCUUUGGCGCGCUUGUGAUUGGCCCACGGGGCGACGGUACCCGCUUUUUCAUGCGCACGCAAUCCGUUAUGCUCUUUUUUCUUUUAGAACCCGCAUUUGAUCUGAAGGGGGCGGCCUUUGAUUGGCUGUAAUGACUGAGGGUGGGGUUGGGAGGAGGGAGGCGGGAGGUUAGGUUGCGCCAGGCUGCCCGGAAGCAACACAAGCGCCUAGAAAGGCGAGAGGGUGAUUGGUCAGGCGGGGGGGGGUGAUACGUAGGAGCUGCAAUCUCGCUCCCUAGAGAUAGGAAAAGGUGAGAAAAGCGCGCAGCCUGAACUUCCUGUAAUACACAAGACGCAACCCCUAGGUUUUCCUACCCUCGGGCAAAGACGCCUGGGAAUGCAGACUAAAAUGCGUUGUGAUUUCUUGCGUUGGCUCUUUGCUCUACGGGGAAAGCGACCCUUGCAUUCUGAACGCCUGAGCUAAUGGAAUUCGAGAGCGGAAAUGGCCGGCGCCGAGGGGGCUCUCUUCACUUUUUCCUAUCUCUAGGUCUUCGCUUGCUCGCGCACCUAUUCUCGCGAGAAGGUGCUGAGAUUCCCCCUGUCAGCUUCGAAGCCGCGACGGCGGUGCCCCGAGCAAUGGGAGUGGGGAGGUGAGGAGAGAAAGCAAUAAAAUAAAAAUUAGUGACCCCCUCACCCGACUUCUCCGCCGCGAGCCCUUCCUCUGUGUCUCCGUUCUCGGCGGUGGGCAGAGGGGCAUUUGGGCCGCUUUGCCUCCUUUCCCGGUGGGGGGGGGGGAGGAGGGAGAGAGAGAUGGAGACCUGCUGUGGCCCCGCCCCUUUUGCUCUGCAUAUUCCCCCCCCCCAGGUCAUUUCAAACUCUGGAAUAUCCCUUUCCUUGCGGGGGGGGGGGCGGCGGCGGGAGGCGGCUCAUGACAUUCCCUCCCCCAUCCCUUUGGGAUGGUCCUCAGUUCCUGCCACUCAAACGUUCUUCCCAUUUCAUUCCAGAUUAGCUAACCCGGAAUAAUGGGCGUAAUUGGCAAAAAACCCCCUCAAACCUUUCCUUGCCCUCCGCCGGCCCCCAAUUACUGAUGCACGUUAGGACUUCCACGGUCGGGUGGGUGAAAGCGUGUGAAUGUAAGGGCGUCGCCAGUCUGUUUUCAGCUGCCUGUGGGGUGGUAUUAAAAGGGUCAGACUAGGACCUUGGGGUGUGUGGGGGGGUUGUGUGGGGUGGGAAUCCUGGCUUCAUUCCCCCACUAUUUGGCUCUGAAGCUGGUUAGGGUGACCUUGAACUAGCCACCCACCUCACUGUGUUGUUGUGAGGGUUGAAGUGAGUGGCAGCAGUGGAAGAGCACCGGAGGCAUGAUCCCCCAGGGGGAUGGAUGGGAUACAGGUUUUAAAAAUAAAUAACCCCUUAGGAGAUCAGCAGCUGAAUGAGCUGAAUGGCUGUGAGAUGUAUGAAACCUUCUGUCUAGGCCUCUCUCUGUUUCACUUAAGAGCAGUGUUUUCUCAUUCCUAUCUCGUACCGCUGUAUUUUCUCAGCACCAGCUUUUGCUCUCCGUUUUCCUAUUUGUAUCCUUGUCUGGAUUCCGGUGUUGUUGGGCACCAUCUUGCCUCUAGUACAACCUAAGUGAUAUCUGCAACAUCCAAAUGUGAGCCAACCUGGCAGUGAGGGAAGAAAAUUCAGCCCUAGCAUCAUAAAAUAAAAUGCCGUGCAAAUGAAAAUAAUGCCUAAGCCAAAAGGUGGAGGGUUAAGAUCUCUGAGAGCUUAUACUUCAGCUACCAUGUUACAUUGGAUCUAUUUAGGCCAGCAUUCUGAUGCAGCAUUGGCCAAGUAGAUCCUCUGGAAUGCCCCACCCUUCCCAGCAGUGGAUGAAGGCAACUCUCAUUCCCUGUUGCUUUGUGCCAAUAUCUGGUAACUGGAGACCUUCAGUUUCAAAUGUUGAAAGGUAUGGCCACAUAUACAAUGGGUGGACAAUCUAAAACUAACAGCAGGAAGCAAACAACAGAGAAUGCUGGAGAGAACUUGGAAGAGGUGUACAUCCAAAGAUGGAUGUAAGAGGCUGCGGAAGAAUAAUUUCCACUUAUAGCAGUUGAUGGUCUUCUCCAUGAACAUGUUCAAUGCUCUUUUCUUUUUUAAGUACUAAGUACUAAGUUAUCACAUCUGGGUAUUGAAUUCACUGCAUUAAUCUGCUGUGUGCAGAAGCACGUUCCUUUCCCUGUCCUUGGCCUACUGCCAAAUCAGUUUUAUUAGGUGACCCUGUUCUAGUAUCCUUUCCCCCUCAGCACUCAUAAUUUUAUAUUGUUUUGUGCAAGUAAUUUUCUCUUCGCUUCAGAUUCCCAGUUUGGUUUUUGAGCAUUUUGGUUUGAUGCUUUGUCUCCCCCCACAACCCCAAACCCUGACAAGAGAUUCAGUAAUCUCUGACGAGAGCUUCAGUAAUCUUCUUCCAAAGGAUACAUGGCUUGCACAGCCUUAUGCCAAUUCCUGAAGAUGGUUGCUCUGCUUUUAGAGCUGUCCAAACCCUAAGUGUAUUUACUUAAAUGGUUUCUGGGAGAUUGCCUUAGUGUUAUAAGGAUGUUAUAUGCUGCAUUGCUGUUUCUGCUGUUCUACAAUGAGAGAUACAGAGGCCCAGAAAAAUAUGAAGGGGCUUUUCUCCCCCCCCCCGUCGUUAUUUCUGAUUCCUUGAAAAAUAAUUGAAACAGAUGCAAACAGAGAGUAGGUGCUCAUCAAGUAUAACAAAAGGAAGAACAUGCAUGACUUGAGAGUCAGCUUGUGUGUAUUCCAUGCCAGACUGAAAAACUUUCUGUGUUCCUGUGCAAGGGAUCCUGCUUCUUCAGAAUCUUAGAUGUCUUGUGAAGGUGGGCUUUAAGUUUUGUCUGCAAUGCUGGUGAAAUCUCAUAAACCAGGUGGGUGGAUGAAGAUGAUUUCCAGUAGUUAUAUUGUGGAGUGGGACUUCGCUUCCCUAUAUAGCUCCUUGUCUUAACCUCUGCCUAAAAAACAAAAACUAGCAGAUUAUGCAAAUAAAUUGUGCUGAUUAGAAUAAUUUAUACAGUUUAUAGAAUUCAGAUGCUUUUGGCACCAAAUUAUGAUAACUUGUUGCAGAAUUUUGGGAGUUUCUUAGCACACUUAAUCAGCUCUUGGGGCUUAUGAAUACCCAGCAUGCCCCUUCCUCUUAAAAUACAAAUAUAAUAGCUUCUAUAGCUUACCCUGAGUCUUCAGGAUAGUGUGGGUUUUAAAGUUCCUCUCUUUUCUUAUAGAUGCCCCGCCACUGUUCUGCCACUGGCUGCUGCACCCGUGACACUCCUGAGACACGCAACCGAGGCAUUUCCUUCCAUCGGUGAGAGUUGAUGCUAUUCUGGGCCCACCCAAUCUCCCUUUCAAAAUGGUGCCCAUUUUGAAUUGAGGGCUGGCUGGUACUAGUCUGCAGGAAUAUCACGUUGGGGAUAUUAGUAUUUCUUCUUAUAUUUCUGUCCCACCCUUCCUUGAGGAGCUCAUGGCAGAAAAUAAAGUGUGUGUGUGUGUGUGUGUGUGUGUGUGUAGCCAUUGAUCCAAUGUUAGAGCUGUCACAAGGCAGAGGAAAGGCUAAGAAAACCUACCAGAUUCCUGCUGUCACUCCUUUGACUAGUUGAAGAUCUUUCCAUUACAAUGGUACCUUGGUUCUCAAACUUAAUCCGGAAAUCCGUUCCAAAACCAAAGCGUUCCAAAACCAAGGCGUGCUUUCCCAUCGAAAGUAAUGCAAAACAGAUUAAUCUGUUCCAGACUUUUAAAAACGACCCCUAAAACAGCAAUUGUACUAUCUAACAAGACCAUUGAUCCAUAAAAUGAAAGCAGUAAUCAAUGUACUGUACUAUAAAAUAAAUAAGACAGUAUUGUAGAUGAUAAAAAUUAAAAUUAGGUUUUUUUCUUACCUGCACUGAUGAUAGUCAUUGUUUGGAUGGGGGGCUUUUAUCCACUUCCGCAGUCACAUAGUCAAUCAAUCAGUAGCUGAACUGGGUUCCACACAGUAACAAAAACAAAUUAACUGAAAAAGCCUAAAAAACAAAAAUGCAAAAUAAAUAGCAAAAACAAAAGUGCCAAACUUUAUCCAUUCCGGAAGUCUGUUUGACUUCUGAAAUGUUCGAAAACCAAGGCGCAACUUCUGAUUGGUGCCGGUGCCCCAGAAACAAUAGCCGACAGCCGCACCAGACGUCCAGCUUCCGAAAAACAUUCAAGAAUCGGAACACUUACUUCCAGGUUUUUGGCGUUUGAGUACCAAGGUGUUUGAGAACCAAGGUACCACUGUAUUUCCCUGUUAUCAUUUCUGGAGUUCACAGUGCCUUUUUACGGUACCUUAAGCAGAUUUCGCACAAACAGAAGCUGUAAUAUGCAUACUUCUUUUUUAAAGUAACCAUCAUGUCCUGCCCUCUCCCUCACCAAAAAAGGUGUUCAAGUUAGGGGUUUGUUGGCAUGAAAUGGGAAUGGGAAGGGCAAGUUGCAGGGUGGCUUCACAAAAAACUAUGGAAUAUUUUACCUAGCUACACUUACUUUCCUUUUGCACCGCAGUGAUACUGUUGGCUGAACAGCCAUAAUCUCUGGAAAUAGUAAUGUAGAUAUCCUUGUAGUGUCUCCUAGCAUUAAAGGGCUAGAAUGAUGCUGUAGUUCUUUUUCCAGCCUGGGAAAGAGCCUUAUGUUAGCUAAGGAUCUGGAGUCCCAAGGGAUCAGUCAGACUCUGUUUGACACUAAGCUACUCACCCAGAGCAAUUGUUAUUCCAUGCAAUCAAAUCAUACUUUUGCUCUAUGAUGCUCUAAGUCCACAUGACAGGGAAGCUCCUGGGAUGACAUUUUCAGACAAAUGUCCUUGUGCCUGGGAAGAAGGCCUUCAUUGUUUGCUACUCAUCCUUGCCUGACUCACCUCCUGUGUAUGCUCCUAGACUUCCAAAGGACAACCCCCGGCGAGCGAUGUGGUUGGAGAAUUGUCGGAGGAAGGACAUGAGCGGCCAGGGUCUUUGGGACCCUGCCUCCAAGUAUGUUUACUUUUGCUCCAAGCACUUUGAGAAGAGUUGCUUCGAACUGGUGGGCACCAGGUAGGUCACUGGAAUAUGAAAGGGCAUGAACAGCUAAGCAGAAUUAAAACAGGUGGAUAUGGUCACAAUUGGACAAUGCCUUAGAUUAUACAUUUGACAUUGGCAAAGGUGCUGCUUGCAGAGGGGGUGGAGAAGGGAGCUAGAAAUGACUUAAAGGCCAGUGGGGAGGGGGAACAGUGUUGAAGGCCAGAAAGCUGUCAUGGAAGACCUGCUCUGUGUGGUUUAUUCAGGGUGACCAGCUUUCAAUUUAAAUACUUUUUUUGGGGGGGAGGGCAGAAUGCAAUGUGUGCAGAUGCUGAAAAGAUAAACCUAGACAUAUCCAAGUCACCAAAUCCUGUUAGAUAAGUUCGAUAAAGUAAUGAAGGUGUGUGAGGAUCUUAAGUAGUAUGUAUUGAGAAAAGCCUCUUCCUGAGUCCUUAAGUAUCACCUAGAGCUGAUAGUAGUGGGCAGUAAUGGUCCGACUCAUUAUAAAGCAAUUUUAUAUCUUCUUAGGAGAAUAAGCAAGUGGGAGUGCUGUAUUGUGGAGGUCAUGCUGUAUUAUCUCCAUUGAGAUUUGUGGGGAGAAAUUCGAAUUUAAGCAGCAUGUGUUACUUACAAAGCUCAUUCUGUUUAUUUGGGACUCCGCACAUGCAGUUGCACGUGCAGAGAUCUAGAGGGAAAACAUUGCAAUGCAGAAAUAUAACUGGCUAACCGCAGGUGCAGCUAGCACCUCCCAGAACCCAGCAGCUCCCCAAAAAGAAAUGUCUUGCUGCAAGGUCUAUAGUUCAGAUGACUUUCCAGAGAAGGAUGCUUGCCUGUCUGAAGCCAGAGAUGGCUUAUGAGUGUUGAUGCUCCUUUUUGCAGUGGCUACCAUCGGCUCAAAGAGGGUGCUGUUCCCACAAUAUUUGAACUUCACGCCAAACUGCGCCAAAAAUCAAAGCUAGGCAAUUCAAAACUUUCGAAACGUCAGCAGAAGCAGAGGUGAGUACUGCCCUUCUGGCUUCUCUUGCCAUGCUCUGUGGAAGGUCUUCCCUCCCUUCCUGUACCAUCCUAUGAAUGUUAAUUAUGUUUAGUGGGGCUUGCUUCUUCGGAAGCUGUGGUAAAAGUGUGGCAGAUCUUCCCCACUCGGUUCCUGUCUGACCAGGGUUCUGUUCCUUGCCUACAGCUGCAGCCCUUGCCUGGAGGAGGAGUCGAGUCCUUUGUGCAUGGACAUCUCCUGCUUCCCUGCACAAGAGCUGCCAAGCCCUGGGGCUGCUCCCACCAGCGGCGAGCCUCGAAGCCAGCCUGACCUCCCGGGGCCGGCGUCAGAGAGCCUGGCCACCCUGUCAGACAUUCCCCUGGAACAGUCACCCGCUGCUACUGGCCAGGAAGAAGCUUCUCCUUCUCCGGCCCUCCCGGAGCCUGUGGGGGAUUCAUCCCACCCCGUUUCCCUCUCUCUCUACAUGUUGCGCCUGCCUCCCCCAGCUGGGGCUUACAUCCAGAACGAGCACAGCUACCAGGUAGGCAGUGCCUUGCUGUGGAAGCGGCGAGCGGAGGCGGCCCUCGAUGCUCUGGGAAAGGCGCAGCGGCAGCUCCAGGCCUGCCGGCGCCGAGAACAGCGACUCCGCCUUCGGAUCUGCGAGCUUCAGCGCGAGCGGCGGCCGCACAGUGCCGAGGCACAUCGACGGCUCAAGGAGCACCUGCAGGUCUUUGAACUGCAGCUCCUCAAUGACCUUGAGUAACUUUGGGGCGGGCCAAAACUGACCUUUCCCUGUUUGGUGCACUCUCAGCUUCAGGCUGUGUGGUGGUCCCUGCGGCUAAGCUGUGCGCCAGAACUCGGGGUCCUCCAGUCUAGCUGGCCGCCUGGCACUUGCCGCCUUCCCUAUCACCAUUCGCAUAUAAUCUGUACCUGUAAAUAAAUACUGUUUUGUAUGAUGGAUGCUUCCUACUCGUCUGAAAGACACCUUUUACAUACAGCAGCUUUGCAACAGCUGUCAACCUGCGGCCUUCAGCAUGGUGUUGCCUGAGGCGUAGGAAGAAUCAUACAGUUUCUAGCAAGUUUUGGCUCAACCUUGCUCACAAGGAGAUUGAAUUAGGGGGUGUAUGGGAUAAAGGUUGCCCUGUUUUCUGAUGGAUUAUAGGUUUACAAGGAUCUUAAGAUCCUGUGGGCCAAGGCAUCCUCAUCCCACUGAGGCUCAUCCAUAAAAUAUACAUGGUGGAGUGAUGUGCAUCAGCAGAAGAAGAGCAAACUCGCCAUGCGGGAGACGGCACUAUCUUUUGAGGAACAGUUCAGUAAAACCACUCAGAUGGUUUUAAGUAAGUGAGCCAAAAGCUUAAGUGAAGUCUGGGCUGCUAGACUUGCUGCGAAGCAAAACCUGUCCGUCUAUCAGCUGAGUUAGGCCUGGUGUAUGUAAGAAAAGGACAGAAGCGCUAAGACAGGAACAAUAAGUACCAUUUGUUGGGCGUUUCUCAUGUGCACUCAUAAACACAACCAUCUGUGCUCUUCAACUAGCCUUUUGCAAAAAUGUUUUAUUCAAAAUGCUGGAGGGUCAUGGGUGAAUAUGAGUCUCAUUACUGAUAAUUGAAACCUGCUCUGGGAGCCUUUUUCAACUCAAAAGAGUGGAGUGAAAACAGUUUAAAAAUGCACAUUAGUGGCAUGCAGAAGGCUGCUUACCUGUAAGGAUCUCUUGUUGGACUGGGGCAACUGUCUACAGCUUGAACCAAAAUGAUUUCUAUAGUUUGAAACGGUUGCAGGUUAUUUCACUUUGUGCUGGCACCCGUCAAGGACUCAGCUGCCUGAACAGAACCACUUACAUGCCUAUCAUGACUAUCACAACCCAUAAGGGUGGGUGGAACAAGGAUGUGGCUCCUCAGAAAUAUUCCUGGCCUCUCUCCUGAAUGUUCAGCUGUUUUUUUAAAUAAAAAAACCUAAGUCUCUAGUCCUUUUUCCUGGAAAGCACCCAGACAGACUUUUGUCCAGUUGCUCACUAAAAAUAAAAUUGCUGUUGCCUUCUAUUGUUUUCUGGCUAAUGAAUGAAAAGGCACCGGAAUAACUGAUGAGCUCUAAGCCCUUAUUUAAUUUUUUUGUACUUUUUAUUUGUAUUUAACACUAUGAAACAAAAUAAAUAUACUGGGCUACUCCAACUGAUAUUCUGGUUGUCCUGAAUAAAACGUCUGGCUACAGAAUAGGUGCAAUGAUCUACCAUAAAAUGUGGAGAACUCAGCCAGUGGAAGAGAAUUACAUGCCCAUUUCUUCCAGGUUUAGGGGUCCCACAGAGAGGCCUUGUCUGAGAACCUCCAAAAUCCUGUUGCUGGGUUUAUUUUUUAAACCAGGGAUGGGGAACCUGUGCCACUCCAGCUAUUGUCAACAUAGCCAGUGGUCAAACACCCUUUCAUGUGCAGUUCAUGAGGCAGAAAGAGUUUCAAACUUUAAACACUUCCUGAAGACCCAUCUAUUUAAGCUGGCAUUCCCAGGCUCAUCAGAUUCACCAUGUUCUAUUAUUUAUUGAUAUCUGAAUGCUUUAUUGAUAACUUUUCUGUUUUUACUCAUGUAUUUCUUUGUAUUUUUGGUUUUAAAUGUUGUACAUACAUUUUUAUUUUUCUUACCUUACUAUGCUUUAUGUAAACCACUUAGGUAUAUUAUACAUUAAGUGGCAUAUAAAUCUUAUUUAUGAUGAUAGUAGC